AUGGCUGCAGCCACCAAACUUAAUCUUGCAGAUCGCCUUAUAAUGGACAUGAAAAUGAGCACAGGCACACCCUGGCUAGACCAGCCGGUGAUGCUUCACUCGUCUCGUGAGGAUAAUUGCACACUGACCGAUGCUCAAUGUCGUUAUCGCAAUUAUUCCUGGCGAUACUGGUACCAAGCUGAUCAUGUCUAUGCGCUCAACACCAUAUACUUCAUGUGUGCCGUGAUCGGUAUCUUCACCAUCUCAAACCUGCUAGUCAGACUCGCCCCGGACAGGGUCAAGCGGACUCGACCAUGGCGCAUGUUCACUUCGGUCUCGCGAUAUUUCUCUUAUCGCGGAUAUAGAUCGCCCGCAUUGCGCUACUGGUCUCCAGCACUAGGCGUUGUCAUCUUGGGGGUUUUAGGCGCUGCAUUCUUUUUCGGUAUGACACUUGGUCCACAGCCUUAUUAUUGGCCGACAGAUGCUUCUUAUGGGAGUAGCCCACCGAUUGCGACCAGGGCUGGGUGGAUGGCCCUUGCGCUAUUGCCUUUCGUGCUGGCAUUGAGCACAAAGGCCAAUAUGAUUGCUGUCUUGACUGGUAUUCCACAUGAGAAACUCCAGGUGUUUCACCACUGGACGAGUUAUGCGAUGUUCGUGUUGGCUCUGAUUCAUACCUUCCCCUACAUAAUCUAUCAUAUAUGGAAAGGGGAUAUGAUGCACCAGUGGAAAACGAGUGUAGCAUACUGGACGGGAGUUGUCUCCCUCAUUUCGCAGACAUAUCUUACCCUGAUGUCUCUGCCAUUCAUUCGCAACCGAUUCUACGAAUUUUUCAAGGCAACACACAUUCUCGUAGCCGUGGUUUUUGUCGUCUUCUUCUUCCUGCACUGCGACUUCCGUCUGUCAUCCUGGGACUACUUCAUAGCUUCCGGCGCAAUUUACCUUUCCAGCCUAAUAGUCAGCCACACACGCACCUACCUAUUGCACGGAAUGCACAAAGCAACGCUAGAUCUUUUACCAGGCGGCCUAAUCCGUGUGUCCGUCCCAUCGAAGAUGAAAUGGACUCCAGGGCAACACGUCUUCGUCCGGUUCCUAACAUCAGAUCUGCAUCUCCUAACCGCCCACCCAUUCACCAUCUCAUCGGCCUGCACCGACACCAUCUCCGAACUAGUCUUCUAUAUCAAGCCCCGGGGUGGCGUAACUGGUCGUCUCCGAGCAAUGGCUGCCCAAAGGCCCGGAUGCACGAAGAGGAUCCUAGUCGAGGGUCCAUACGGCGGCGUCAGCGAGCCUCAUAUGGCUCAGUUCGACACUAUUCUCGUUAUUGCUGGCGGUUCUGGGGGUGGGUUCUCGCUCGCGAUGGUCGACGAAGCACUCCGGGUGUCUGGGAUGGAAAUCGCAGAGCAGGAGAAGCACAAUCAGCGACGGAAUCUUCAGGUUGUGUUUUCAACGCGGGACCACGCCAUGGCGGAUUGGUAUAUUGAGGAGAUUGAGCGACGACUUUCUGAAUCGACGAUGCUGGCAUCUUCCGACAAUGGAUUCGAGACUUCGGUUUCGGUCCACGUUACUGGCCAGCGUGAGUCGGGGAUAUCGUCUAGUUCUGAGGAUGAUCUUAAGUCCGGCAAGGUGCCGAGGGAGAUUACCACGACGGGGAGGUUCAGUUUGAAUGUGCAUCGCAAUGCGAGGCCUGAUCUUCCCGGUUUGCUUGCGAGGACUGUUGCUAUGGCUCAUACGCAGGGGACGCAUGUUGGUAGGAAGCAGCGGGUCGGGGUUUUGGUCUGUGGGCCUGCUUCUAUGUUGCAUGAUACGAGGAAUGCGGCUGCUGUUGCGCAGAGUCGGGUUUUUGGGGGCGAGAUUGAGGAACUGUAUUUGCACUCGGAGCCUUUCGUGUGGUGA